UCAGGGAAUAUCUGGAGUGGUGCCUGCUUCCUCAGCCCUGAAGUCAUGGCCUUAGGUCUCCUGUGGCUGAGCCUUGCCCUGCUGGGGGCCCUGCAGACCCAGGCCCAGGACUCCACCCCAAACCUGAUCCCAGCCCCGCCUCUGCACAGGGUCCCUCUGCAGCCUGACUUCCAAAAUGAGCUGUUCCAGGGGAAAUGGUACAUCGUAGGAUUGGCAGGGAAUGCAUUUAAUAAAGAAGAACACAGCCACUUGAAGAUGUAUGCCACCACCUACGAGCUGAACGAAGAGAACAGCUACAAUGUCACCUCUAUCCUGGCCUGGAACGAGACCUGUGACCACUGGCUCAGAAUUUUCAUCCCAAGUUCACAGCCAGGCGAAUUCACCCUGGGCAACAUUGAGCGUUACAUUGGAACUCAGAGCUACACUGUCCGAGUGGUGGCCACAGACUACAACCAGGUUGCCACGGUGUUCUUCAAGACAGUUUACAAAAACCGGGAGUUCUUCAAGAUCACCCUCUAUGGGAGGACCAAGGAGCUGACCCAUGAGCUGAAGGAAAACUUCAUUAGCUUUGUCAAAGCCCUGGGCCUCACCGAUGAGCACAUCAUCUUCCCUAUCCACAUUGGUAAUCACCACCUGGUGACAGGAGAAGGGUAUAUGGGUACUGCCCAGGCCUGA